AUGAGUGAUCCCAUUACAGUAGUAGCAACAUGGACUCCGCCAAAAACGACCGUGGCGACACUCGAAUGGUUAAAAGUGUCUGAAGGAAUUGCGAGAAAUUUACUUAAAAAACUUUCUAAAAGGGAUUUGGUGAUUUCGAACUUGGAAACCCUAAACGAAAAAAUAGAGCAAAUACUCUCUUAUGUGCUCACACGACCAGCCUAUAACGCAUUUGGAUUGUGUCUCUUUGCGAUCCAGUCCAGGCUUAAAAUACGUAUGACCAAUCCAUCUGUCUUACGUCCGUAUUAUGCAGACAAGAGUGUGUUCAUUUCAAAGGAAGACGCACCGUUCCAUCUAAGUGAAAUAAAAACGUGUUUGGCUUCGGACCAGUACGAGGUUAUUCCUUCAUUUUUUGAGUGUGUAAAGAGGUCAGAAGAAAGGAACAAAAUUAAUGCAACUGAAAUUGUUUCAGAACUUCUUUGGAUGGUGUGUUAUCGAUUUAUUCACACUCAAGAUAAUAAAGAGUGGGGCUUUUUGAAAGAAAGCUAUGAGGAUGGCGUACUCAUUUUAGACGAAAAUGGGUGUAUUGAGCAAUUUAAAAAUGCGAUGAAAAUCAGUUGGAAGUGUAAAGCUAAAUACCCAAUUUUGGCGGCGCUUGCAAAUAAAUGUGUCGACAACUUUAUUGCGAUGAAAAACCAAAUAAUUCCAAAUAUUUUUGUCGCAAUAAAAGAAACUACUUUUAGGUCUUCUGCUAUAGCACUUAUGGUCAAAUUGACUCGACUCAAAAUUGCAGUUUUCGAGGACUUUUGUACAUUACUGGAGACGAAUUUGGACUGUCUUGCGUUGACAAGUGCUAUAUACAAUAACAUCAAAGACGACUUGGAACAGUUUUACAUUAAAACUCCACUUUUGGCUGCAGCAACAGCGAAGUUAAAUAACGUUGAAAGUGAUGUGAUUUUAGAAAGAAUUGACAAAGACAUCAUCGCAAGUGCCUUCACAAAUUCAAAUUCGGAAAGUUUCAACGUCGUUGUCAUUUUUGUACUCCAUAGCGAACAAACCCGAGUUAAUGCGACAAAUUAUGAAGUUGAAAUGAGUAUUGAAAUUGUAAAAGGAAUUUGCGACUGUCCAACAAAAGAAACGCAAAGCAUCGCAUCGAUUUUCCCAAAGUUUAUUACCCGAUGCACUGAAGAACAAGUUUCGACGAUUUUCGACCAUAUUGCCAAAAUUAUCGAAACCCCAUUUUCAGAAAAAGUCGACGCAUUUUUCCUUCAAGUUUUCGCUACUUUACUUAAAACCACCAAACGAGUGGAUUUGGCCACAGUGGUCGUUCAAAAGUUAUCACAGAAAGUCUUUGUUGACUUGUUGGUUAGGUCAUUUGCGAGUCGAACAGAUAAGUUGAGAUCUUUGGCUUAUACUUUCACAGACUUGAUCUUGCCACAUUCAUCAAGUUAUUUGGAUGUCAUUAAAAAAAUUUUCAAACCACAAAUGUUGUUGUCACUCAGAGCCGCGGAAGCUGAUUGUGCGGCACAACACUUUUCACUGCUCACGAAGCUCAAAACACCUCCACUUCUGGUUUUAGAAAACGGAGACAGUCUUAACGUCAACUUUUUGUCGCAGUCGCCAGAAAGUGCAAUUCAGGCGAUAGUCAAAAUUAUUUCAGAAAUUGCGACAAAAAUCAAGCCAACCAAUUGCGAAGUAUACAAGAAAAACUGUUUAUAUGGACUUUUCAGAAUAUUACAAAUCUUACACAAAGAAUCGUUGGGAUAUACAACAGCUAUUGAAGUAGUUGAAUCAAGCGACGUUUUGUUGACUCUUCCGGCCCCAGAAGGGAGUAACCGGUCAAUGGUAGUUGGUGGCUGGAUGAGUGUUCGUGUCGCUUCCGAGAUCAUUUCCGUUUCAACGAAACAGGACUUUUUGCGUGGCGUCACGUGUUUAACCAAAAUAGUUCGGACCGCACUCCAUAGAGGGAUUUUCGAGAGGGCGUCGAUGGCUCUUGAAAAGAGUUUAGAAUGGAGUACUGACCAGUGGUUAGGCGAAGAGGUUGACAGGGUUUUAGACGAUGUUGAAAAGGAAGUUAAGUUCACAAGACGAAGUGCUGGACUUCCGUAUCAUUUAGUUUCGUUAUUGAAUGAAGAGUGUCGACGUGUUCGAUCUCCAACACAGAGCCCGCCAUUGUUAGAAAAAGUAGUGAAAGUGUUAAAUAGUUAUGAAGGAAAAAGUUCUAUUCAUGCGAUGAAUAUUUUAGGCGCAAUGGUUAAAUCACAAAAAAUAGCUGAGGAACUCGAUUUGUUUUUCCCGACCAUUUGCGUUGAAAAGAGUAUUAAAAUGAUUGACGACCCCGAUUGGAGUGUGAGGAACUCUGCUUCAAUUUUAGUCUCUUCGUUGAUCAAAAGAGUUUUUGCGACAAAAGAGCAUUAUAAUCUGACGCAUUUGUCUGAAAACCACAGAAACAUUUUGAAGGUAUUAAUAGAAGGGUUGCGCAAAGGAGGAAAUGCGGUAUUUAUAGUAUCAAUGAUUUUAGAAAAUUUAGAUUUUUUGAAUACCAAUGACAUUCCAGAGGAAAGUGAGUUUGAAAGAAGUGAAAGAAUUGCGACACACCAAAAAAGCGACUUUUUGGAAGACGUUAAAACCCUUGAAAAUGAAUUGGUCAAAACAUGUUGGAAAGAAAUGAAUGCGCCGAAUGUGGAAAUACUUGCUGAAGGGAUAGUGAAAUGUUGUACUAGAAAUAUAAUCCCAAAAUUGAUUGAAAAGGUGAAUGGAGUUGUUUUGUGUGCUGUCAACAAAUAUGUCCGCAAUGGAAUACACUUAACUCACACCGAAAUUUCAGAGAUCCGAAAAUUCAAGCCUGAAAAUUCGUACGAAUGUUUCCAGUUUCUCAAUUUGUUGAAUUCGUUGCACUUUAAGUUACCGAAAAUCACACAAUUUCGAGCUACCGAAGACGACGCAUAUACAUUAAAAAUCGUUCGUCUCUUGAGUUACAAACAAGCUGAAGAUCCGUCUGAGUUACAACAUCUUCUUUUACAUGAAAAUGUUGUAGUGAGAGAAAGUGCACUUGCAUUUUGUGAGGAACACCCACAACAAGUCGAUCCAAAAAUGGUUUUCAAGCAAUGUGAAAAGCUUCUAACACAAUCAGUUCCUCAUAUUCUCUGUGUUCUGCGUACCAUGAGAACUAUUUUAGUACAGUACCCUUCUCUUGUGCUGGAAAAUAGUUCUUCAAUAGUUUCUCAAAUUAAAACUUUAAUUCAGAGUGAACCAUUGUUGACAAGAACUGGUCUUGGAGUGGUGCUGAGACUUGAAACCCAGAAUACGUGCGAUUUUUCAAGACUUGAUAAAUGCGAUUUUAAUUUUGCGUUAAAAAAUGUCUUUGAGAAGAAUAAGAAAGAAAAUGUGAUAGGCCUCAUCGACGCACUCUUGAACAAUGAAAACGCUUUAGAUAUUUGUUUGGCAUAUAACCAAGUAUUUGGAACAAAUUUGGAUGUAUUUCAUUUGGUCAAAUUACUUUUACAUGAAGAAACAGAAGAAAGUGGAUAUGGCGUUUGCCAUGUGUUACUCAAAGAAGAGAUGUUUGAAGAGCUUGAUGAAAAUACAC